AUGACUGAAGAAAAUUUACUUUAUGCUGCAGAUUACUUUGCUUUUUUGGGAAAAAAAAUAUCAGAUCAUGAAAUUCAAUCGAUGUUGCCUUUUUUUGAUUGUGAAGAACCUGGUCAUUAGGGAAAUGCUUUGGAUUAGGUUUGUUUAGAUUCUGAAUGUAAGUAUAAAGGACUUUGUUGUGUUAGAUGCCAAUAUCAAAAACAUAGAUUUCAUCCAAACUCAGUGUAUCCUUUACAUACAUUUGUUUCAUAAUUGAUAAAUCAACUUUCUAGUCGAAAAAUUAUAUUAGAAGAGUAAAGAAAAAAGUGUAACCUAUAUAGAGAUGUUGUUAUAUCAAUAUUGAGAGAUUAUUUAAAUAGCAUCAUAGAACACAUGUCAAUAAUAGUAGCUUCUUUGCAUAAAUAUUUUACAAGUUUUGAAAAUUCAUUCGAAACCACUAUAAUAAAAAGUCAUAUAAUUGCUCACUCAUUAAUUUACAAGAAACAUAUACCUAAAGAUAAAUUUGAAAAAUUUGUGAGAGAAGGAAUUAAAGGAGUCUCUUUUUAAAACUAAGAACCAAAGAAAACAGUUUCUAAUGAUUAUUAUAUUUUAAAUUAAAGUAAACCAACUAGAUUAGAGGAGAAACUCAAAUAAGAAUAUGGAAAUAUCAUCAUAAAUGAGCAAGAAAAAGCAUUUGAAAUGACUUAGGAUUAUAUAGAUAUAAUGUAGAAUGUGGCUUAAAAAUUAUAAGCAGUUUUAAAGAAAUCUCAAGAUUAUUUAGCAUUAGAGGUUGAUUUGAAUAAAUUAUCACCGAGAAUACCUAAAUUUGAAUUAGCAUAAUUAUAGGAGUUUGAUGAAAAAUUUAAAAAGCAAUUUAAAGUAGAUGGAGCUUUUAGUAUUUUCAAGGGAAUUCCUCCUCCAAUUCCUUAAAAAAAAGAAUAAGAGUAAAUUGUAAAAUUAAACACUUCUGCUAUUCCAACUUUAAAUGAUUAUUUCCAUAAAGAAUCUCAAAAUACAAUAAUAGAUCCUUCUAGAUAGAAAUGUAUAUUGGGUAUGCUAUUUGAGACUUUGAGUAAUUGUUCAAUACUAAAAUUAGGAAGUGUAAAAUCUACAUAAUCUGAAGUUAGUUGUUUUGUUCCAUUAAAUUCAGAAUUAAUAGCAAUAGCGUAUUUUAUAUAAAUUAGUAUAGAGCUCGAUUUAAUCCAUAUAUUGAGAUUUAUAGGAUAUAGGAUAAGAAAAUAAUUUAAAAGAUCGAUACAAAAAGUUAAUAGGGAGUGAAAUGCUUAUUAGCAAUGAGUAAGCCCCUUUUAUAUACAAAUACAUCAGCUGAAAGUGAGAUAACUUUGGUAGUAGGUCAAUAUUAUGAUUCUGGAUAGUUAUUGUCAUAUUAAUUGCAGAUUUUUAGAAAUGAAGGUCGAUAUACAAUAAAUUCUUAGCCAGCAGGUUAAUUUCAUAAGCCUGAUGGAUCAUCUGCGGCUACUUGUUUUGCAGAAUUAUAUUCAGGGGAGUUUUUUGUAGCCGGAUAUUCUACUGGUAGUGUGGCAAUAUAUCAUGUAUAGAAUCCUUAGGCUUUGCAUGGUAUUUAGAAUAAAUUUAAUAGUUUUGAAUUUUCUAUAUGAAAAGCCAGUGUAAGGUAUUAGUGUUGUAGAAGCAGGGAAAUUGUUUAUGACAUUUUCAUAAGAUAAAAGCAGAUUACAUAUGAUUAAUAGUAUAAAUUCUGAAAGAGUGGUGCAUAAUGUAUCAUAAGUCAAAAUGUUAGCUAAUAAUACAUUUUAGAUUAUAAGUACAGAUGCAUUAAAUGAUGAUAAAAGUACAUUAAAAUUAAUUCAUUUUGUUUGUGGAGAACAGUAUAAAAUUGAAUUAUAUUAAGAAAAGAAUACCAUGGAGGAGAUUAGAAAGAAUAAGGAUUAAGAUUUUUAAGGAUGAUGAAAGAUGAUUCUAAAUUGUCUUUGGUAGAAGAAGGUAGUAUAUCAAAUUUUAGAGAUUUGGGAGUUUAAAAUUCAGUUAAAGAUUUAAUAAUUUUGGAACCCAGAAAGAAAAUGAGUAAAAUUUGGGUAUUAGCAGUUGGUGAAAAUAAUAAAUUAUAAUUAUGGGAAGUGAGAAGGGCAAUGAGUUAAGUAAGAUUUAUUUGAUUUAUGAUAAGAAUAUAAAAUUAUGGGAAAAAGACUUAGAAGAUUUUUUAAAACCAAUUAAUCAUAGUAUUAUAAAAGGGAAAAUGAUUGCAGAGAGUUAAGAGUAUACUACAUUAAAAUAUUUUGAUGUUGGACCAAAAGUGAAUAUAUUAAGAGUGACUGAGAAUCCAUAGAAUGGUAGAUUUAACAUUAUGAUUGGGAUAGUAAAUCAUGAAACUAGAACAGAUGUAGAUAUUUUUGAUGUAGAACUCAUGAGUUAUUGA